AUGACCGAUACUCUCCACGACUCGACGGCGCCUCGGCCGGUUCGCAAGAAGUUUGCCAAACCGCCAGUCAAAGUAGCCUGUCUGCCCUGCAAACGAGGCGGGCCACGCAAAAAGAAGGAGAAGUCCUCGUUGUCCCCAGAGGAAGAACCGAGCCACGAUGACGCUCAAUAUGUGGGUGUGCCUUCACCUUCGGAAUUUGAAGAAGCACCGGGGAUGUUCAGUCAAAUCGAUGAACUGUCCGUGCCUGGCGCAGGUCUGAGACAUCUCGAGUUCCAGUCUGACGUUCCAUCGAUGUUUGAGGGCUUCUUCACUGGUGACGGGGGCCAGUCGCAUAUGCGAGUGCCCCCUACGCCGCCCUCCCUCAACAGCGCUCAGUCUUUCGUGAGGACCUACGGAAGUGAAGCGGAAAUUUUGAACGCCUACUAUGAUUUUAUUCAUUACUACUUUCCCAUUCUUCCGCCGCGGGCAGCACCACCAUGCCGUGAUCGGCCCUUGGACCGUCCAGUCCCAUGUUCAAACAACUCUGAGCCGACGAUGAUGUACCGGCCUCGUUCACCUCUAAGUCUUGCGAUUUCCGCAAUCUUGGCUCUGGUUCCACAUCCAAAUGAUAUGGACCCGUCCUCGCCAGCGUUUGUAAUGCAGCGCAGAGCAUACGCACAUAGUUUCGCUCAACUUGCCAAUACAACUAUCGAAGCAGAGUGCGAUCUUGACAUGUCGUCGAAUGACCCUGGCCAGGCAUUAUCCUCCUCACGUCCUUUCAUCGGCCGGGAAAGGUUCCACCCCCAAACUCCGGUGGACCUUGAGAGCCUCCUGGCUCUCUUGGUACUCUCGGUUUAUGAGUACGCCCAGCGUGGUAAUUUGCUCAAGAUGCGAUAUCGUGCCGGUCAGGCUCUUGCCAUUGCUUUGGACAAGGGUCUCCAUGCCCAAAUGGGCGAUGAUGAGUAUUCGGAGGCUCGACGAAGAGCUUGGUGGAUGACGUAUUACUGCGUGAUUCAAGGCUCUAUUGUUAGCACAACGAUGCCUGCCAUCGUGAUCAACGACCCUCAAUUCACAACUCCGUAUCCUACAUUUUCAUCAGACACCGAGGUUUGCACCCAAAUCCUUGUGGAUGAUUUCCAUUUACUUACAACUGUUCAGGGUUGGUCGAUCUUAAUACAAGCGCAGCAAGUACUUGUAUCGGCGACUCAAUUCAUCGGCGACCUAACCAAGUGCCUUGCAUCUCAAUCGGGCAUGUACUAUAUGUUCGAGAGAAUGCAACAACUGGAUGCCUGGACGAACUCUGUCAUUGCGCAAGUCGAAUUGCUUCCCCUUGUGCCGCCGACACAUGGCUUUGGUGACCACGAUGAAACGAUCACAGCACAAAGCAUACGUGCAAUAUCCCGAAUCAAACUAUCCAGGUCAGCGCUCCUCCCAUUCCCACAUAUAGACCCAUGUAUUAACACCAUCCCCAGCGCACAAAUCAAAACGCACCGCUUCCGAGCCUUCUCCGACAUCCCAAUCUUCAUCAAGAGACACUGCGACCUAACAGCAGCAACCCAAGCCGCCGCCAACCCAAACAUCUCCCCCAAACCCUCAGGAAUCCACAACAUAUCCUGCUCCUGCACAACCCUAACAUCCUUCGAGCGAGCCCCCUCAUCAGACUACAUGACCCCAUCCGACUCAUCCACCUCCUCCGAAAUCCCCCCAGAUCCCUACACCCCGCAGUACUCGCAAUACUCCUUUGCCUCCGGCUUCCCCUACAGCAGCCAGCAAUCCGCCAAAAUCUGCCUCCAGGCCGCCCUCGUCAUCUCCCGCAUGUUCCACAGCCUGCCGGUCCCACAGCCCCUGACGCAUUCACCACCCGACCCGGCCCGUCCUUUACCUCGGACCAUGCCCUCCUUUGCCUGCUGUCUGAUGCAGAGUAGCUACGCUCUUUUCAUGAUCUACUACAAGGCGCGUGUGGCGAAACAGCUCUCACCCGAUUCGGAGAACGAACGGGGGAGGGAUGCGACUGGGCAGCUGAUCGAGGAGUUGCGGCAGGGGUUGGAGAGAAUUAUCGGUACGGUGUCGAAUUAUUCGCAGGCUUUUGAGGCUUUGGAUGGGAUGAGAGGUUCGUUUCCUUCGUUUCGUGAUAUGCGGGGUUCUCUUGCUAAUGAUCUGAUAGAUGAAAUCGAAGGUGCAUAUAAAACGGCGUUCCCGACUGCAUUGGUAUAG